AUGAUGUGCGAGGUGAUGCCAACGAUCACCGAGGGGGACUCGGGGGGUCCUCCCCGGGGUGGAGGGGCUCAGAACGGCUCGGAUCCGGAAGCCAACUUCGAGCAACUGAUGGUCAACAUGCUGGACGAGAGAGACAAGCUGCUGGAGUCCCUGCGCGAGACCCAGGAGACACUCAUCCAAUCACAGACCAAGCUGCAGGGUGCGCUGCAUGAAAGGGAUGUGCUCCAGCGUCAGAUCUACGCGGCUCUACCUCAGGAGUUUGCCACUCUGACCAAGGAGCUGAACGUGUGUCGGGAACAGCUGCUGGAGAAAGAAGAGGAGAUAUCUGAACUGAAAGCUGAGAGGAACAACACCAGGCUUCUCUUGGAACACCUGGAGUGUCUGGUGUCUCGUCACGAGCGCAGUCUGAGGAUGACGGUGGUGAAGAGACAAGCUCCUCCUCCCUCUGGGGUCUCCAGCGAGGUGGAGGUCCUCAAGGCCCUCAAGUCCUUGUUUGAACACCACAAAGCCCUGGACGAGAAGGUGCGUGAGAGGCUUCGGGUGGCACUUGAGAGAGUGACUACACUAGAGGGACAGUUAUCAGCCACAACUCAGGAGCUGAUCAUUGUGAGGCAGAGGAAGGAGGGAGAAUCUUUGGACAGGAAUGAUGCUACCAAGCCCACCUGGAAGAGGCUACCUAACGGUUCCAUAGACGCCCAUGACGAUGGCAGCAGGUCAGUGGAGCUGCAGGAGCUUCUGGAUCGGACCAAUCAUGAGCUGGCUCAGAGCCGCGAGCGUUCGGGCACACUCAGUACACGCGUGGCAGAGCUGGAGGCGGAGCUAGCCAACACUCGCCGAGACCUGAGUCGCAGCGAGGAGCUGUCAGUCAAACAACAGAGGGAACAGAGAGAGGGGCUGGCGCAGAGGGAGGAUAUGGAGGAGAGGAUUACAACGUUAGAAAAACGUUACCUGGCCGCUCAGAGGGAAACCACACACAUCCACGACCUCAACGACAAACUGGAGAACGAACUGGUUACCAAGGACUCUCUGCACCGACAGAGUGAGGAGAAGGUGCGCCAGCUGCAGGAGUUGUUAGAGUUGGCAGAGCAGAGGCUGGCUCAGACCAUGAGGAAGGCUGAGACACUACCAGAGGUGGAGGCAGAGUUGGCACAGAGGGUGGCAGCCCUCACCAAGGCCGAGGAGCGACAUGGCAACGUUGAGGAGCGACUCAGACAGCUUGAGUCACAACUGGAGGAGAAGAACCAGGAACUGAGCAGGGCACGUCAGAGAGAGAAGAUGAAUGAAGAACACAACAAGCGUUUGUCUGACACAGUAGACCGUCUGCUCACUGAGUCUAACGAGAGACUGCAGCUUCACCUUAAAGAACGCAUGGCAGCACUGGAGGACAAGAACUCCCUGAUUCAGGAUCUGGAGAACUCCCAGAAACAGCUGGAGGAGUUCCACCACACCAGGGAGCGUCUGAUUGGUGAGAUUGAGAAGCUGCGGAAUGAAAUCGACCACUUGAAACGCCGGAGUGGAGUGUUUGGAGAUGGAUCACACCCACGGUCUCACAUGGGCAGUGCCAGUGACCUGCGUUUUUCAGUGGUAGAAGGGCAGGAUGGACACUACAGCUCUGCUGUCAUCAGACGGGCACAGAAGGGCCGCCUGGCAGCGCUACGCAACGAACCCAACAAGCAGGAAUACUCGUCUCUACGUGGCAGUGUCAGUCACCUCCUGGGCAGUGACGUGGAGGCUGAGUCAGACCUAGAUGAUGAUGUUAGCUCCGUCCUCCUGUCACCCAGCGGCCAAUCAGAUGCACAGACUCUGGCUCUGAUGUUGCAGGAGCAGCUGGAUGCCAUCAAUGAGGAGAUCAGGAUGAUCCAGGUGGAGAGGGAGUCUGCUGACCUCAGGGCAGAUGAGAUAGAGUCUCGUGUGAACAGUGGUAGCAUGGACGGACUCAACGUUACACUUCGCCCCCGAACCAUGCCCACCUCAGCCACUGCCCAGUCCCUGGCUUCCUCCUCGUCCCCUCCCACCAGCGGACGCUCUACCCCCAAACACAACACCCACAACGCCAGCCACCAGCUGGGAAUCAUGACCCUGCCUAGCGACUUAAGGAAACACCGUAGAAAAAUAGCAUCUCCAGUGGAAGCUCGUGAGGACAAGGCUACUAUCAAGUGUGAGACAUCUCCCCCCUCCUCUCCCCGCAGUCUGAGACUGGAGACCAACUUCGCCCAGCUCACUGGCAGUCUGGAGGACGGACGAGGGUACACACACACACACACACACACACACACACACACACACACACACACACACUCUCUCUACAGGGGUAAAGCGAAGAAGGGCAUCAAGUCAUCUAUAGGUCGUCUGUUUGGGAAGAGCAAGGAGAAGGGCAGGAUGGAGGGAGGAGGGACACUGGGGAGGGAGGGACAGCCUCUGCCUGCCCUGAUGGCGGGAGACUUUGAGAUGAGCAUCGGAGACACCAUGACUCUGGGCAAGCUGGGCACACAGGCAGAGAGAGACCGCAGGAUGAAGAAAAAACAUGAGCUGCUAGAGGAGGCCAGGAGGAGAGGACUGCCCUUCGCUCAGUGGGAUGGACCAACUGUGGUCUCCUGGCUAGAGCUGUGGGUGGGUAUGCCUGCCUGGUAUGUGGCAGCUUGUCGUGCCAACGUGAAGAGCGGUGCCAUCAUGUCGGCCCUGUCUGACACAGAGAUCCAGAGGGAGAUUGGCAUCAGUAACCCCCUGCACCGCCUCAAACUAAGGCUGGCCAUCCAGGAGAUGGUGUCCCUAACCAGCCCCUCUGCCCCGCUCACCUCUAGAACGUCCUCCGGAAAUGUGUGGUUAACCCAUGAAGAGAUGGAGAACCUGGCUUCCUCCACUAAAGCGGAGAAUGAGGAGGGCAGCUGGGCUCAGACUCUGGCAUACGGGGAUAUGAACCAUGAGUGGAUAGGUAAUGAGUGGCUGCCCAGCCUGGGUCUGCCUCAGUACCGCUCCUACUUCAUGGAGUGUCUUGUGGACGCCCGCAUGCUGGACCACCUCACCAAGAAAGACCUCCGCACACACCUCAAGAUGGUCGACAGCUUCCACAGGGCCAGUCUGCAGUAUGGGAUUAUGUGCUUGAAGAGACUCAAUUACGACAGGAAAGACCUGGAUCGUCGUAGAGAGGAGAGCAUGCACGACAUGAAAGAUGCGUUAGUGUGGACCAAUGAGCAGGUAGUGCACUGGGUCCAGAGUAUAGGUCUGAAGGACUACAAUACCAACCUGAUGGAGAGUGGAGUCCACGGGGCUCUCAUUGCUCUGGAUGAGACCUUCGACUACAGCAGCCUGGCUCUCAUACUGCAGAUCCCCAUGCAGAACACACAGGCUCGGCAGGUUCUGGAGAGAGAGUUCAACAACGUCCUGGCCCUGGGCACUGACCGCAGACUGGAGGAGAGUGGGGAUGAUAAGACGUUCCGCCGCUCUCCAUCGUGGCGUAAGCGUUUCAGAGCACGGGAGGGGGGGGGGGGAAUGGGCAUGAUGGCGGGCUCCAUGGAAACACUGCCCGCUGGGUUCCGUAUGCCCUCCAUGUCCAUGCCCCCGUCCAUGGCCCUGGUGCCCAAGAAACAGCUGCAACCAGAAGUUUAUUCCCAUGACCUGUAUGGACACAUGCUUGCGGCCUUUCGAGAGUGA